UGUAUGUUACUUUUUCGACAUCAUAACUGGGUUACUUCAAACCUAUAGGACUGAGGGAUUUUCUUACUUUUAUUUUUUACCUUACUUUUCUUCAUCUCCAAGUUGAACCAGGACAAAAUGCCUCCGGCCGACCCCAGAGACCUCAGCAGUAUUAUACAAUGACUUCAAUCUAUAGAAAUGAAGAUCAAACUGCUGGAGGUGAACUUUGAAAUCAACGCUAACUGUGGAAAUGAGACAACUCUUCCUCAAAACAACGGAGAGAUCGUACGCCUCGCAUCAAGCAGCCCACCCUGGAACGCUCUGGGUGCCAAGCCGAAGCAAAAGUCUCACACUGCGGAUCCGAUGAGACGACUGACAGGGAGAACCCCUCACCUGGACAAAUCGGCGUGGCCGGCUCUGAGCCGAAACCCACCUUCAACUUCAACACCUGCUCCACCGAGCAAAAACAAACAAGCAGCUGCAACCAAAACAGUUCCACCGACUCCGCUUCCAAGGACAGAGCGACCAGCCCAAACCUCAAAACAUUCUGACACUUUGGGAAUCCCACUGAAAAACAGAUUUUCUGCACUCCAGCCUGAGCCUCUGAGUGAAACCUCACCAUCAAACAUCAACAAUGAGGCAAGACCAACACAUCCACCCCCCAAGACCCUAAAGGACAAAGUGACCACCAGGAAAACGAAAGAUGACCCCAACAAUCACUGUCCAUUCUGUGAUUGGACAUAUCAGUGUCCAUUCUGUGAUUGGUGGCUUCCUGUCCAGCAGGAGGUUGUGAAGAUUUUAAAAGCAGGCCUGCAAAACUGCAGACAUUCACAGGAAGCUGGACCAGCAAUGGCUCUGCUGAAAGUUCUGCUGCUGCUGUUGGGGCUGGGUGUUUCAAUGAACUCACAUGCUUCUCUGCACAAGAGAAUCAUUGGAGGUCAAAACUGUGAUGACAAGGAGCGUCUUUAUCAUGUUCGGUUGGAGAGAGACAAUGGUACUGAUUCAUACUUGUGUGGAGGAUCUCUGAUCCACCGUCGCUGGAUCCUGACUGUAGCUCAUUGCUGGAGGUCUCAGCCAGAAUGGACUAUGAGAGCAACUUUAGGAGUUCAUCCACGGAAUGCUACACAGGAGACACAGACAAUCCAACACAAUCCUGUGAUGUAUUUUGACCAAAGGGAACAGCGGAAUGACAUCAUGUUGCUGAGGCUUCAGAGACCAGUAAGAAAUAUCCGUCCUGUUCGGCUUCCAAGAUGCAAUAAUCGUCCCAAAAUUGGUGCUGUAGUUCAGCUGGCAGGAGAAGGACCAACGUCAACCAACCCCAAUGAUGAGCGAUACGAUGAGCUUCCAUCACAUCUUCAGUGUGUCGACUUGAGAAUUAAUCGUUUUACCGUUAGCCCAACACGUGGAUAUCUAAUCGUUACUCAAGCACCAGACAAGGAGGCAUACUUUGGUGACUCUGGAGGAGGAGUGGUGUUGAACAACAAGAUUUAUGGUGUGAUUUCUGGCGGUGUACGAAGCGAUCCAUUUCGGAAACCAAUUUACAGCAUGAUUGUGUGUGAAUACAUAGACUGGAUACGCAACACAACUGGGCUUAACAAACCUAAACUAUCAUGA